AACGCUAUACACCGAAACCGUCAACAACCGCGGCCCGUUUGGCAGUGCGAAAGAGAGAGUGAUACGCCGCGAAAGGGAGAUAGCAGAACGAGCGGGAGAAAAAACCACUUCUUUUCUCGCCGUGUACCCACUCUCUACGCUGAUGGCUAACACUCGUCGGCCUGAGGAGGCGGUUCGAGUUCGGCUCGCUGGCCUGGUGGUCUUAUCUUAGGAGGAGUUCGCGAAGAAUUCGCGGCUGUAAUGCGAAGCCGACAGCCUGCAGACAGACGCUCCCAGAUCGCCAAGUGUGUCAGUCCCGCUUUUGUUGUCCGUUUUGUAUUGUUUUGUGUGAGCGGAAAUUAAUAAUAGACUUUCAAUUCAUUAAUAAGAAUCAAACAAAGGCAAGACGAAAAUAUUUGCCCAGAGUGCACUGCAAAUGCAACAACUGCAAUAGUUGUCAAGCGAGAAAAAGCGAGAAAAACUGUUUUAAAGGCGAAUCUUGGGGUUUACUGAACUCCCCGCAAAUCGUGAGAGAGAUACGGAGAAAUGGUUCGCCAAAUCUCGCCCUGGAAAGUACUCACCCGGCGCAAAAAUCUCCAGGCCGAUGGAACCGAGGGGGAGACGAAGCUGAAUCGGGUGCUGGGUCUAUGGGACCUCACGGCCCUCGGAGUGGGAUCGACCUUGGGCGCAGGGGUCUACGUGCUGGCCGGACAGAUAGCCAAGGAUCAGGCGGGUCCCUCGGUGAUGAUAUCAUUUGCCAUCGCCGCACUGGCCUCGCUGCUAGCGGGAGUUUGCUAUGCGGAAUUUGGAGCUCGAGUUCCCAAAGCGGGAUCGGCAUAUGUAUAUAGUUAUGUUUGCAUUGGAGAAUUUGUGGCCUUCGUCAUUGGCUGGAAUCUUAUUUUGGAGUAUGUCAUUGGCACCGCGAGUGUUUGUAGGGGUAUCAGUCUCUAUUUAGACUCCUUGCUGAAUGACACCUUGAAAAACACAUUUGCAGAAGUGGCUCCCAUGAAUGUAAGUUUUUUGGGGAGCUACUUCGACUUCUUAGCCUUCGGAUUAGUAGUUGUUUUUGGUGUGGCUCUUGCCUUUGGAGUGGAGACAUCCACUAUGGCUAACAACUUUGUAACGUGUCUUAAUAUAUUUAUUCUCGGAUUCGUCAUCAUAGCUGGCGCCAUUAAAGCCGACAUUUCCAACUGGACGGUGGAUCCGAGUACUGUCAGCACGAAUUCCACAAUUGGAGAAGGAGGAUUUUUCCCCUUUGGAUUCGAGGGAACUCUUCGAGGAGCUGCCACUUGCUUUUUUGGCUUCGUGGGAUUCGAUUGCAUUGCCACAACUGGAGAAGAGGUUCGCAAUCCUCGCAAAAAUAUACCGAAAUCGAUCCUGCUCUCUCUGCUGAUAAUCUUCCUGUGUUAUUUCGGAGUGUCCACUGUACUUACAUUAAUGUUGCCAUAUUAUCUCCAAGAUGCCAACGCACCGCUUCCUUAUGCCUUCGAAUACGUUGGUUGGCCAACAGCCAUGUGGAUUGUCACCAUUGGUGGAUUGGUGGGUCUGAUGGCAAGUCUUUUUGGAGCCCUAUUUCCACUGCCCAGAGUGAUGUACUCCAUGGCCCAGGAUGGCCUUUUGUUCAAAUUUCUGGGCAAAGUGAGUCCAAGAUUCCGAGUACCCGUCACUGGAUCCAUUGUGUCAGCUCUUUUCACGGCCGCAAUUGCUGGACUUUUCGACUUGGCUCAAUUAGUCAGCCUGCUGUCCAUCGGCACUUUGUUGGCCUACAGCGUUGUGGCCAUAUCUAUAAUGCUCCUCCGAUAUAUGGAUUACUGCGAGGAGGAGAAUCCAGGACAGAGGGAAGUUAGAGCUUCGGAAACCACUUCUUUGACUUCGAGUGCUGAGCGAUUUACUUGCGGUUCGGUUUGCACACAACUUUUCAAUGUGCACAGGAUCAAGGAACCAAAUUCCAUAUCCUCGAGGAUUGUGGGAGUGCUGGCUACAUUGUUUUGCCUGAUUUCCUUGGGUAUUGGAGUGCUGAUUAUGCAAGCUCAUUCCUUGAUUGUCGCAAAAGAAAUUUGGGCCUUAAGUCUCCUAGUUGUUUUAGUCCUGUUGAUGUUCCUGGUGAUCCUGCUAAUUUGCCUUCAGCCCAGAGAAGCUCGUCGCAGAUUAUUCCGAGUGCCAUUUGUGCCGGUUGUUCCCGCCAUCAGUAUCUUCAUCAACAUAUAUCUAAUGCUCCAGCUGGACACUUGGACGUGGAUUCGUUUCGGGGUCUGGAUGAUUGUGGGUAUUCCCAUAUUCCUUGCAUGCUGGUAUCUGUACGAUAGCAAGAAUCCGCAGAAGAGAAAUCCCGAGCGGUGGGCUUUCUACAAGGCGCUGAAGGGUCUGCAGGAAAGUCGAGAGCAGGAGUAUCACUGUAUUUCCAAUGAGAGUGUCCUGACCCUGGAAACGCAGCUGAAGAAAAGUCCCACCAGCAGCUUGGAUAAAAUCCAGAAUCUAAGUGAUGUUGGUGAAGAUUUGAUUGAAGUUAAGCAUGCCAAUGGAAAGGUUUUCUAUGUGGAAGACUCAAAGAGUGAGAAUUCCACUGCCACUUUGGGCGGCGAUAAUGAAUUUCCAACGCGCGAGGACGAACAGUCGGUUAUUGCCAUGUUGGACGAUGUCCUGGACGCAGUGGACAUUCAGCCAAGUCAACAGGAGUUGGACCUCCAGCAACAGCUGAUUUUUGAGCGGCACUUUAGCCUUGACUCCGAGAUGUAUCCGAGUGUUAUAGAAACUGUCAUUGUGGCCACCGUUCACAGCAGCAGCGAUGACGAUGAAGUCCACAGCGGCAUUUCCCACUUGAGUAAAAUAGGUAAACUGAGUAAUUACGAGGAAUGCAAAUUGGUGGCCCAUCAAAUGCUGGAGGACCUGUUCAACAGCGAGGCUUUCUAUGAACAACUGGAAAAGAUGAAAGCCGGAAAGGCUUCCCCACUGAAAGGGGAUAACUUAGAUGAGGAUGCGGAAUCAGUGAAGGAGUCGCUGGAGCCAAAACCAAUUUUCGUACUGCAGCGUUUGGCCUCUCAAACUUCCCUCAAAUCCCAGGCCUCCGCGAUUGAGGAUCCGCUGCACUCGGCCAAGUUUAAAGACCGCUUAAGCCACAUCAUUAUGAAUGCCAAUGCCCACCAGGUGAAGGGGCCUCCUCCUGUCAAGAGGAGCAACGGGGAGGAGGAGGAGGAGCCGAGAGCAAGGCCACCACUAAAGCAAUCGAAAAGCGAAACCGAUGUGCGUCGCCUAAUGCUCAAGGCCAUCAGCGAGCGGAAAAUCGACCAUAAUGAGACUGGUAAUGCUGAUGAGGACCUCGCCGGAGUGCCCACCACCCCGAAGUCCCCACCUGCUCCAGUUCGGAUUGCAGAUGCGGCGGCUACGGCUGCCAACAGCAUACCGCGUCCACCGAAAUUCGAUCCGGUGCUAUAUAAGACCAUCAACAGCAUUAGUUUGCGCAAGCAGCGACCCAGUUUAAGUCGCCAGCAUAUCGUGGAUGCCAAGAACGCGGCGCUCCUGCCACCGGAUUCGCAGGCGGAGGCGCGUCCGGAUCCCGGUGAGCAGCCGGAGCAACCGGAGCAGUCCGAGCCGGUGCCAUUCAAAGCCAAAUUGGAGGCCAUAUUGCAGCGGGGUCCCUCGCACCGAACCCAACAGCAUCCGGAAUUGGUGCGUCGCCAACGUCCGCAGUCCACCUACAUAGAAGUCGAGGAGGGGGACAGCUGAGUGCCGAGAACCGAGGGGGGUUCACCCAUUAUAUAGCAGCCCCCUUCACACACAACCCAUCGCCCCUGGUGAAACCAAAGAGGGUGCCAUUUUCCCCCGGUUAAAAGUAGUUAACUCCCGCAUUCGAAUCGGAAUGCAAAUGUAGCUUGUUUUGUACAUAUGUAUCUAGCUGUAGCUGUAGUUACUAGUUCGUAGUUAGUACGGAGUGCCAGCAAUCCUAGACGAUAAGUACCAGGUGGCUUGUGAGGGAGGAGGUGGUCCGCUACGAAGGGUCCUUCACGAUUUGCCAUAAAGAGUGAAACGGAAAAGAAAAACAAGGAGUUGCUAACAAAGUGAAGAAAUAACUGCUAACGGAAAGAGAAAAUUUAUGGUUGUUUAGUUUUUGAAGAGCGAUAAAUUAUUUUUCAAAUCUUAUGUAAUUUAUUAAUUGAGUUUAACUGUUUGCCUUGGUUAGAUUUCUUAUAAAUGCUUCGGCACCCAGGGUGCUUAAUAAGUGCUAUAAUGAGACAAACAUGUAAAUAUAAUAAAUAAGUUAAAGAAACUCCUUUUAAUCCUAUCCCCUCACAAUCACCAAUUAAUUACGAAGCAUGCUUAGCUAACUCAAACUAGUCGUAAAAGUAUUAUAUUAAAUGGUAUUAAAAACGUCAGAACUAGUGCAUGCCUAAGAUACCUCCAAAUACGUUAACUAAUCGGUUCUCCACACAUACUAUAUAGGACUGUCCAUAUACUUUUUCUACGGCCUGCCCAACAGCUACCGGGAAAUGAAGCGGCAAAGGGCUGGCUGGCAGAAGCUCAAAUACAGCGAUCGUCUCUGAGCAUGUUGAUAAUUAUG